AUGCAAGCGCCUCAAUUCUUUGACCAACCAGCGAUGCCGUCGCAGAUGUCUUUUGGAUAUCAGCAGCAUCAGCAGCAUCAACAGCAACACUAUCAGGACCCAAUUGUAAUGGUAGCUCAUCCCCUGCCACCGUUGCCACCUGGUUAUCAGUGGAGUUAUCAGCAGCUACUAUCCAAUGCCACAGCUCGGACAGAUGCCAUCUGGAUAUCAGCAGGUUCAGGUUUGUAG